AUGACUAAUAUUCGUAUAACUCCUGGUGAACUUGUUGUAACAGGUACUAUUGUACCAGAACUUCACUAUGGUCCAUACUUACGCGAUUGGUGGAUCUUUUCUAAAGACAGUCAAAAUGUAUCAUAUGCGAUUCCAUUACGUCUAGGACUUGAAAUUAUGAUACAGCUUAAUAAAAGAUCUUUUAUUAUUCGCGUGGUUCGUUAUAUACAUAGUCAUUUACAGCCUGGUUAUAUAUGCGAAGGUGAUGGGCAAAGUAGUGGUAUUGUUACGAGUUCUUCUAUGGCAAUUACAUCUGUUUACCAAGCCGUUUUUGGCACUAAAGCAAAAUUUGCAGGUCUUUCAUAUUUAGGUUUAGAACAACCCAAAACAUCUCAAAAAUUAUUAGAAGGUGUUGUUUUUUAUCCAUUUAUUAUUGAAAUAGAAAAUUUAUCUAUUUUUGUUGGUUCUCUUGGUAAAAUUACACAUCCCAAUCAAAAAACGAUUGGUUACAAUUAUACAUCUUCAUUAUUUUAUAAGUACAAAGCAAAGCAAUCGGUUUUUUUUCAAAGUAUAAAAAAUGAUAGUUUAUACUCAAUUGAAAUUUAUCAAAAUAGUCAAAUUAUAGCAAAGUUUAAUGAAAAUUCGCCCAAUGCUGUUUGGCAUAAAACUGGUGUGCUAAAAUCUAUUUCGGGGGACACUUUAUUUGGUGUAAACCACCCACUAACCUUACAAAAACUCGAUCAAACAAAAUUUUCCCAUCAAAAAUUAAUGCCUGACAAAUGUACAUUAGCAGAUUGGGACAACAAAAUGAUUAUGGAACAUUUCUUUGACUUACACUUAAAAAAAGCGGUUGGUAAAUCCAUUGAAGAAUGGCAUCGGGUAUUUCAAAUUUGGAAACAACAAAAAAGCAAUGUAAUUGAAUUACAUACCCACCUUAAUAAAGUAUACGGUUUGGAUCAUGAACUUCGGGAACGUGAAGCACGAGCAUGGCGAGCGAUUUUUUGUGCA